UAAUAAUAAUAAUAAAUGUAGAGAAGGAAGGGGAAUCGAACCCGUGACCUCUCCACCAUAUCUCCGCGCUCUUCAUAGAAUUUGUUUAGAGCCAUCCAAGGCCGAAACGCAGGCAAUUAUCUCAAUGGAAGAGCCGGAGCGAAGGAAAGUGGGCGAGAGGAAGAAGCGAGUAUUCGGCGACAACACACACAAGCAUUUGGAGCAACUUCGCAAGCAUGCUCGGGCAUUGACUGGGGAAGUUAAUUUUGAGCAAGAGGAUCUGGGAUUGGACACCACACGUAUUAGAUUUUUGACUGCAGUGGCUGGUGUUCUUAAAAGAAAGGAGCAGCUUAAAGAGAAUCUAACAAGGGAAACUGGGAAAAGCCUGGAAGAGCGUCUACGGCGAGAAUUUGAAACUGCAAGGAUUUCUGAGACUCAGGAGAUAUCCUUGAAUGAUGAUCAAUGGAAUGGUGGAGUUCUUGCUAGAAUUAGAGAGAGGGUUCAUAUGGAAACUGAAUUGAGGAAAUCAAACGGUCAUAUUGAUAGCCAACAUGAACAACUUGUUCGUGAGAAGAUUACAUACAAGUUAAGGAACAAGGUUAUUUGUUGUUUGGAAGGGGGCAGGAUUUGUAUAGAGUAUGAUACCUUUUUUGCAGGAGAACAGUGUGAUAUUUACUAUUGUGUUCUGGGGAGCAAAUCUUUCUUGGAGAAGAUGCGUGUUGUCGAACAUACGAUUCCCUUUUUUUUGCCCAUAAAUGAGGCAGAAGAUAAAUUCCUUUCGUCAGAUCCAAUGAAGUUUAUUGACUACGUUGGAGAAAUGCUGCAAGCAUAUGUAGAUAGAAGAGAGCAGGUUCGUCUUCUCAAGGAGUUAUAUGGUGGCCAGAUCAGAGAUCUUUAUAAUACCUUACCUUUCGAUAUGAUUACAUUUGUGAUGGACGCAUAUAAUUUUAAAGUAAUUGUUGAACUUAUUUAUGAUGAUACUCAUUCGGAGCUGCCAACUAAAAGCAAAGUACAGGCUUGGCCUCUGUCUUUGAAAGCAAUGGAAACAUGUACUGGGAGACAAGGAAGUGGAUCAGCAGUGAAUGGAAUAACUUCAUCUCCCCUUCCAUAUGCUGAGGAUGCUUUAAAAACAAUAAGUUUACCUCGGGCAUUCGCUGAGAUUGCUCUGAAUUUGCAAGGCACCCUCAGACACAUUUUUCCAUCAUUUGGAACACUUUCGGUUCAUUCAUCUGGAGCAGACUAACCACCUUAUUCUUGACAAGGCAACAAUGUAUCUUAACAAAGAGAAACUAUUUAGGUAAUUCCUAUUGGGAAAAAAACAUGCUCAGAAUAAUUUAUACUUACUGUUCUUGUGAUUUUUAUGUGCAGUCAUGUUUCUUAUAAUUUGAUCCCUCUCUAGAUCCUUGGAUAGCUGCUUGUGAAUAUGAUGUAAAAUUUGGACUACAUUUGGAGAGAGUGUGAAAUGGGGAUUUAUUUCGGUAAUGUAAAAUAUGUGACCAGAAAGAAUAGUAGUGGUGAAUUUGCUUUAUUUGCAACUUAUCUAGAUUGCAUUUCUAUAAUAGUUACAGACAUUGAUAUCAUAUAUUCACUUUAAUAUCAAAUCAUUUUUUGAACUCAAA